AUGCCUGGGCUCCUGAGAAGCGUCCUCAGUGUUAUUGAGAUCUUCCACACGUAUGCCCAGGAGGACUGCGAGGGGAUGAUGCUGACCUGCAGGGAGCUGAAGCAGCUCCUUCAGAGCGAGUUCGGGGACAUCGUUCAGCCACGCGUCAUCCAUGCAGUGGAGAAAAGUGUGGACCUGCUGGGGAUUGCCAGUGAAGGCAUCAGUUUUGAAGAAUUUAUCCUUGCAAUGUGUAACCUGCUGAACUACUGCUACAUUGAAAUACAGUCAUUAAAUUUGGAACGUGAGCAAGAAACUAAAUCAGAGAAGAAAAAGCCAGAUAAUGUGGAUCUCGAUGCAACCAGCAGAAAUGGCCAACAAAGAGAGGAAACUCCCUCUACUCAAGAUAAAAUAGUGCUUCCUUCAUCUCAACUCAACCCUAAAGAAGGGGGACUAGUUGAACCCCGUAGGGUGGACCCACAGGACGAAUCCAAGGUUCAUAGUGUGCCGGAAGAAGAACAAAGCAGCAGUCCUACAAAGGGGGAAGGAUGGGACAAGGAGAUUCUCAGAGAAGAAGAGCAUCAAGCAUGGGAGCAAAGUGGUUCUAAACCAAGAGGUCAGUUGGAAGAGCAGGAAGGAAACUUCGGAAUCCAGGGUUCACUAGCAGAAGAAAUAGAACAGGGAUCAUCUGAAGAUCAUAAAAUUGCAACAGAAAGCAGAAUUAAGGAACAUUCUAAAACACAAGAAUCAUCCCUGCAAGCAAAAAGUGAGUGUAAUUCAGAGCAUGCUGACCUGCCAGAGCAAGUUGAUGGUAAACCAUCUCAGACAAAGAGAUCAAAUGAUUAUAUGGACAAUGGUAGAUUAUCGGAGACUCAAGAACCAGAAAAAGACACUGACAGGAAAUCACAUGAGUCAGAUAAAUCAACUGAAUCUGUGAUCGAUGGUAAAGUAGCUGAGGUCGAGGAACUAGGAAAAGGUGAUGCUGAUAGGACAUCAUUGGAGACAAAGUAUUCCCCUAAGUCUAAUGAUGGUGAUACAAUAUGUGAGACCCAAGAACAAGAAACAAAAGACUUGCCAGCCCAAAGUGAUAGCAGAAAUAUUUCAGAAACAAAAGAUGUUAAAAUUGAAAGGAAUCUGGAGAAAAAUUGUGAGACUCAUGGAAGAAAAGGUCAGAAAGAAAGGGAGAGGGAAACUCAGAUGCCAGAUCUGGAAAUCCAAACACAGGAGGAGAAGUAUCAGGAAACGCAGGGACCAUCAGAAGAAAUGGAUGCUGCAAAAGAGUCUGAGACCCGAGAGCCAAGCAGCACAGGAACAACAGAUCAAAGUCAUUCUGAAAUGGAAGGAGAAACGGUCCCAGAAAAAGAUGUAAGAUCUACUGAGAAAGGCACAGAAGAAGCACUUGUGGACAGCAGAAGUGACCCUAUAGUAGAAGAGACACUAGGGGCAAGAGAAGGAACACAACAGUCAGCACUACUUGAGAGCCAGUCUGGAGAAAAAAAUAGGAAUAUCAUCAAGACUCAUGACAGGCCAAUCAAGGAAGAUGACAGCCACCAGGGAGAAGAUCUAGCGCCAUCAGUCACACAGAAUGAUGAAGGAUCUUCUGAAAUCCUGGCUCCAGAGGAAGGUGAUGGCAGCUCAGAAACAAGUGACUUGCCUGCACAAGAGUAUUUCCAGAGUCAGAAAGACUCACAGAGAGAAUCUAUGCAAGAAGACUGCAAUAAUGACACAGAUUUCCAGAAACAAACAGUGCAAGGUGAGCAGUGCAGAGAUGAGGAGGCAGUUGAGCUGGCAGGCAAAGGAGAGGCUGAGCAACUCACAGAGGAACAGGAAGUUGGGAGCCAAGACUCAGAGGCCAAAGGACAAUCCACAGACGGACACCCAGAGGCACAGCAGCCCAAAGCAGAAAGUGAAAACAGAAACCCUGCAGAGAUUGAGACCCCAGGUGUCCUGGAUGCAGACUGCAGUGAUCAGCUUCCUGUAGUACAACAACCUGCAAAAGGAAACAGCAAGAGUAAACUGAAAGGCCAGAGCUCAGAUACCAAAGAAGAAGGUGGAGCACCAGAGAUCCAGGAAACUCCACUUGAAAAUCUUCACGAGGACAAUUCAGGCUUCCCUGAGACAGAGGAAACUGCAUCAUUACAGGAGGAAGACAAAAGUCCCCAGGAGCUCACAGAAAAUGAUGACCAACAAUAUCCAGGCAAAAUCGGAUAUUAUUCACCAGUCUCCCAGCCAGGCCUUAAAGAGAGCAUGCAGAGGAGCCAACUGCCUUGUUCUACCGAGAGGGAUUCAGUCCAGCCGAGCCCGCUAUACAAUUACCUGCAGGAGAAGAUUACACAACAAACAGACAUAACCCAAGAAGAAUAUCAAAACGAAGCUGAGCCAGAGCAGCAAUCAGGCCCGGAGCACAGCACAAGUCAGUCAAGGGUAUCCCUCACUGGUGAGAUCCCCGAUUCUCCUGACCACAGCCAAGAAUUACAGCAGUACACUAGGGACCUUCCAUCUGAUGAAGCUCCCACCAAUCCAGAGCAGACAUCAGCUCCCCAGGCCCUGGAAGACAAGCAGGGUCAUCCUCAGAGAAAAGAACCACUAUCACCACGGGGAGUGAGCGACACAAAGCAAUGA